AAUCCAAAGGCAGAAUUCAUCUUGUGUUGGAAGUAUUUCCUCCAAAUAUUUAUGAGAUACUUGUAUUUGCUGUGUGCCCUAAAGAACUACUCGUAGAGGAAAUAUGGGAUGUAUAAAAUCAAAAAGGAAAGAGAAUCUGCAUGGAGAUGGGCUAGAUUUGAAGAAUCAACCAGUACGUAAAACUGAACGAACUAUUUAUGUGAGGGAUCCAACGUCCAAUAAACAGCAAAGGCCAGCAAAUCCAGGAGAACAGCUUUUACCAGGACAGAGGUUUAUCAAUGAAGAAACAGAGGAGCAUGGAGUCAUUGUGGUAGCUUUGUAUCCCUAUGAUGGCAUUCAUGAAGACGAUUUGUCCUUCAAAAAAGGAGAAAAAUUGAAAGUUAUUGAGGAGCUGGGAGAAUGGUGGAAAGCAAAAUCUCUCACGACAAGGAAGGAAGGCUUCAUUCCCAGCAACUAUGUAGCAAAAGUGAACACCUUGGAAACAGAAGAAUGGUUCUUCAAAGACAUAACCCGAAAAGAUGCCGAAAGACAACUCCUGGCUCCUGGUAAUAGUCCUGGAGCUUUCCUUAUCAGGGAAAGUGAAACAUUAAAAGGCAGCUAUUCUCUCUCCAUAAGAGACUAUGAUCCACAGCAUGGUGAUGUUAUUAAGCACUACAAAAUUAGAAGUCUAGACAAUGGAGGAUUUUACAUCUCUCCAAGAAUAACUUUUCCCAACAUCAAUGAUAUGAUCAAACAUUAUCAAAAGCAAUCAGAUGGCUUAUGCAGAAAGUUGGAAAAAGCUUGUAUUAGUCCCAAGCCUCAAAAACCAUGGGAUAAAGACGCAUGGGAAAUUCCACGGGAAUCAAUUAAAUUAGUGAAGAAACUUGGAGCUGGUCAGUUUGGAGAAGUCUGGAUGGGUUACUAUCAUAACAGCACGAAAGUGGCUGUGAAGACUCUGAAGCCUGGAACAAUGUCUGUGCAAGCCUUUCUGGAGGAAGCCAACCUCAUGAAAACACUUCAGCAUGAUAAGCUCGUUAGGCUUUAUGCUGUAGUGACCAAAGAAGAACCUAUUUAUAUUAUAACAGAAUUCAUGGCUAAAGGAAGUUUGCUGGAUUUUCUGAAGAGUGAUGAAGGAAGUAAAUUGUUGCUUCCAAAGCUAAUCGACUUCUCUGCUCAGAUUGCAGAAGGGAUGGCGUACAUAGAAAGAAAAAAUUAUAUCCAUCGGGAUUUGAGAGCAGCGAAUGUUCUGGUUUCGGACUUACUGAUGUGCAAAAUUGCUGAUUUUGGACUAGCAAGAGUCAUCGAAGACAACGAAUAUACAGCAAGGGAAGGUGCGAAAUUCCCUAUUAAAUGGACAGCACCAGAGGCAAUUAACUAUGGAUCUUUCACUAUUAAAUCUGAUGUGUGGUCAUUUGGGAUUCUCCUGUAUGAAAUCGUUACAUAUGGAAAGAUUCCUUAUCCAGGUAUGAGCAAUUCUGAUGUGAUGGUUGCUCUUCAGCGCGGGUACCGAAUGCCACGCAUGGAAACCUGUCCAGCUGAGCUUUACGAUAUCAUGAAAACAUGCUGGAAAGACAAAGCAGAAGAGAGGCCAACAUUUGAUUAUCUACAGAGUGUGCUUGAUGACUUCUACACAGCAACAGAAGGGCAGUAUCAACAACAGCCAUAGAACAAAGAACACUUUUUCUACUAACAUGGAUCAUUGGCACAGACUAUUAUUUGGACAGACUGCUCAAACCAAUUACUUCACAAGUUUGGAUGUCUUAACCGAGUGUGGAAGCUGAAAUGCUGAAGGAAAGAGUAUAUUCUGCAGAGAAAUAAUAAUGUUUAUCUUUGGUUAAAACAGUUCCCCUAGAGAUUGAAGUUCUCCUUAAAUACUCUGUGUUUUGCAUCUGCAGAAACAUCUCAAACCAAGCAGGCUUUUUGGGGUGGGGAGGGAGAAGGAAGGAAAGCGAUCAUGCACCAGGUACAGUUUGACAACACCUUCUUAGAUCUAAGUCAUGGAAUACAUUACAAGGAGACGUUUAUAAAAGGGGUGAGAAGAUGCAUGAACAGCCGUUUUCAAAAGAAAAAGUCAUGAAGGAGAACUUACAGAUUUAAGACAUGGUGAUGUUCUUAAAUCAUCUUUUUUUGAAAUACAGCAUAUUGUGAAAAUUAUUUUUAUAUCCUUGUUAUUUCACAUAUGUAGUUGGAGUACUGUCACCUCUUGUAAGACUUCCUAACCGGCGUCAUCAUUUCCUUUAAAGGAAGGGUUAUGUAUGUAAUUAUUUACACUGAAGAUGAUUCUGGUUUA